AUUUUUAGGAGAUAGAAAUACAAAAAAUAAAUAGAUACUCAUGGUUCAUUGCAUCUGUAUUUAACAAAUUAUAUACCAAGUGCCAUAUAAUCUGCAAUUUAUAUUUAUAACUAAUACCAUGGCUUCAUCAGAACAAUUGGCUAUUAUUCAAUCCAAAUUUAUUUCUGGUGAAAUAGUAGUGAUUGCAAUGGAAGCGUCUUUAAUGCAAGGAUGGGUAAAAGCAACACGUGUAAUAGCCUUAGUUAAUAAAGGAGCAACAUAUGCUCUAGUAGUAUUUCUUAUAUCUAGAACACCUCCACAAGUGUAUAGUGAUUUAACUAUAGAAAGAGUACUACCUAUUGAUCAGGAUUUUAAGUGUGAUAUAGAUACAGGUGGAAAGCAACAAGAAGGUUUAUAUGUAUAUUUGAAUAUAGCAUUUAGAAAGCUUCGUUUGAUAUUCGAAAUGAAACGUGGUACAUCAACAAGUUCUUUAGUCUCUGAAAUAUUUCGUGCUAUAGAAGUUUACCAAAAAUCAAAAAUUUCACCAGCAGAAUACUUAUGGAUAAAAAAAUUAACAGGAUAUAUGAGUAAUUUAGAUAGUACUAGUAAUGAAACUCAAAAUGUGAUUGAUCCUCUUGUAGAAUUAGAAAGUCCUGAUUUAGUUGUAUCCAGACAAACCAUAGCAUCUGGAAAAUCACCAGUUGCUGCAAGGGAAUCUGUAGUGCGUUACCAGAUGGCAUGUAAAGAAGAUGAUUAUACAUACAGCAAGACUUUUCGUAUAUUUAUAGGAACAUGGAAUGUGAAUGGACAACCGCCAAAUGGAAUUAAAUUAGAAGAAUGGUUAAGUAGUGAUCAAAUACCUCCUGAUGUAUAUGCUAUUGGAUUUCAAGAAUUAGAUUUAAGUAAAGAAGCAUUUUUAUUUAAUGAUACACCACGAGAAGAAGAAUGGAGGAUAGUUGUAACAAAAUCUCUUCAUCCUAAAGGUACUUAUUGUCCAGUUGCUGUUGUAAGACUAGUAGGCAUGAUGUUGCUUGUAUUUGCUCAAAAAGUACAUAUGCCAUAUAUACAAAACGUUUGUACUGACACAGUGGGUACAGGAAUUAUGGGUAAACUGGGAAACAAAGGUGGUGUAGCAGUAAGCUGUUCAAUUCAUAAUACAUCUAUUUGCUUUGUUAAUGCGCAUUUAGCAGCUCAUUGUGAAGAAUAUGAACGGCGAAAUCAAGAUUAUGCAGAUAUAUGUGCAAGGCUCUCUUUUUCAAAAUAUGUGCCACCUAAAAGCUUUAAAGAGCAUGAUCAAAUUUAUUGGUUGGGAGAUCUUAAUUAUCGGAUAACAGAAAUGGAUGCAACAAUAGCUAAGCACUAUAUUCUUAUAGGAUAUUAUGCUCCUAUUUUAGCAUUGGAUCAAUUAGGUCAACAAAGACGACUAGGUCGUGUAUUUCAAGAAUUUCAAGAAGCUGAGAUAAAAUUCAAACCGACCUAUAAGUAUGAUCCGGGUACAGACAAUUGGGAUUCCAGUGAAAAGGGUAGAGCACCAGCUUGGUGUGAUCGAAUUUUAUGGAAGGGUGAAGCUAUUACGGCACUAGAAUAUAGAAGUCAUGCUGAAUUAAAAAUAUCUGAUCAUAAACCAGUCAGUGCUGUUUUUGAUUCACAAAUCAGAAUUAUUGAUGUGGUAAAAUAUCGUAAGACCCAUGAAGAAGUUAUGAAGAAAUUAGAUAAACUAGAAAAUGAAUUUUUACCCCAAGUAAUGGUUGAUACAACUGAAGUAAUCUUCGAUACUUUAAAGUUUCUUGAACCUAGUAGUAAAGAUCUCAUUAUAGCUAAUACAGGACAAGUGCCAGUUCAAUUUGAAUUCAUAAAAAAAUUAGAUGAUACCAGUUAUUGUAAAGACUGGUUGCAUAUAGAGCCCUAUACAGGUUUUAUAAAACCAGGUGAAAAGUGUGAUAUUAAAUUAGAAAUAUACGUUGAUAAGAAGUCAGCAUGCAAACUAAAUUCUGGAGAAGACAAAUUAUAUGAUAUAUUAGUUUUACAUCUUGAAGGAGGCAAAGAUAUUUUUAUAACAGUUACAGGUACUUAUGAGAGAAGUUGUUUUGGAUCAUCAAUGGAAGCAUUAGUUCACAUUCCAAUACCAAUAGGAGAAGUUACAGCCGGUCGAUUGGUAGAAUUAGAAAAUAAUAAAAAUUUAUCGCUAGAACCGUAUGCAAUACCAAAAGAAAUAUUUCAAUUAGUUGAUAUACUAUAUCGUCAUGGUAUAAAAACUCCUGGCCUCUUUGAAACACCUGGUCUUCAUAGUGAAAUUAUUGCUAUAAGAGACUGGUUGGAUAAUGGAAGUCAAGAAUCUAUGCCUGGUAGCGUACAUUCUGUAGCAGAGGCAUUACUUUUGCUACUAGAAUCGACGGCGGAACCUUUGAUACCAUAUAAUCUACAUAGUGUUUGCUUAACAGCAGCGACGAGCUAUUUACAAUGCAAACAAAUUGUUAUGCAACUUUCUGAAACCAGGAGAAGCGUGUUUUUGUAUAUUAUUUUUUUCUUACAAGAGCUUCUAAACCACACUCAAGACAAUGAAUUGGAUGCUAAAACUCUUGCAACUUUGUUUGGAUCAAUCUUUUUACGAGAUCCACCAAGAAGCAGAGAAGACCGACUACAAAGAAGUCGUGCAACACAAGCUACAUUUGAUAGAAAAAAAGCUGCAUUUGUCUAUCAUUUUCUAGUGAAUGAUCAAAGUGACAUCGUUCUUGGCCGAUAGUAUAAAAAUGGUUUAUGUAAUUCUACGUAGCGUACAUUAAUAUGCUUGUAUGGAUCACUACAAUGUGUUUGCCUAUUAAUAUUUUAUAUAUUUAUAACAUAAAUUAUGUAUAGAAUUAAGGACGGAUAGAUGAUAUAGAAAUGACCAGAAAGUAUUAUUUUUUACUUUACAGUUUUAAGUAUUUUGGCAAUAUUAUGAGUACUCAAUAGGUUUUUUUUUUUUCACAAAGUUCUUGUGAGAGUUAGAUUAUUCUACUAUGGUAGCAUAAUCCACUUUCCAUGUGCUUAUAUGUUUAGUAAACAGGUUAAACAAUAUUAGUUUAGUGCAUACCUAUACAUAAAUAUUGUAUAUUAAGUAUGUACUCAAUUAUCUAGUCACUAUAAUUUAUAAUAAACUUUUCAUUAAAAUAUAUUUCAGAUUUUUAA